UAGAGGCCUUCAACGGAACGUGGUCGUGGUUUAAGCGGCAGUGAGUGGCGCAGUCGUGCGGGGGAAAGCCCUGGCUCAUGUGCUCUGCUGUGCGCACUGUUUGGCUGCAGUCUCCAGAGCGCGUGCACGGUCAGCCAUCAGCUCAUGUCUCCGCUCCUGAUCCCGGUCUGCAACUCCUCCGCUCAUCCUCUUGUCAAAACGUGCCCCGCCCGCGGGACCAAUGGGCGUCGAGCCUACGUGGGCAGGAAGUGACGUGCGGGGUUCCUGCUUGUGUAAAUCUGCAGCACAAAUAUUAUCCACACAAACCAACAUCUCUCAUCUGUUAGUGCACACACACAGAGACAGCGUGUGUGUGUGUGUGUGUGUGUGUGUGUGCGUGCUGCAAAACAAAUUAUAAAGAAGACAAACUGACAAGUGUGAUUCAGAUUUUUAUUGGAAUGAAAUGAGACCAGUUCCCAUUUCCUGAGACAGUUUCCCUUUCAUGUCCACACACAGAAGACUCACACUCUCACCUCCAACCUUCAUGGACCAACAGCAGCAGCAGUAGAAACAGUGGAUCAUCUGAAUUUUUGGACAAACCAGGAGAAACUUUCCACUGCUGUGAGUGUGCGUAAGGUUUGCGCACCGCCUCUGUGGCACCUCCCCGCUCCUCCACAGAUCCACUUGCCCUCUUGUACCUCACAGGCUGCAGCAGCAACAGCAGCAACAGCAGCAGCAGCAGCAAAGAAGCCACAGCAGCAGCAGCAGAAGCAGCAGCAGCAGCAGUAUUUCUCCUGGCUGUUGUAGUUAAAGCAGAAUCCACUCACAGAUUUUCGUCCUGAGGUGUUGACUGUGUCUCUGGCCCGUGUUUGGACUUACAGGACCGCGCGUCAUGCCACGACACCUGCACCAGUCCACGGUCCUGUUCCUGGACCGCGUGGUUCCUUUGUAACUGGAUUUAUUUAUUUAUUUAUUUUUAAAAGAGAAGAGGGCAUGAUCUCCUGGUGAAGAGAAGAACGUGAAGUUUGAGCAGCAGCAGCAGAAGAAGAAGAAGAUAAAGGAGGAGGAGGAGGAGGAGAAGGAGGAGAUCAUCUUCUAAAAACACUGACUCUCAUCUGACUUGUUAGAUGUUCGAUCAGGCCACAACUAUGGGCGAUGGGAACCACCGCUGUGGACCCAAUAACUCGCUGUGUCCGGACCGGAUGGAGACAAAAUGCCGCGCCGACAUUGGCAGCCGCUCCCCGGUUCCGAGCUCCAACGACACCCCGGGGACUUCAGCGUCCACACCGACCUCGUCCAGCGAAGACGGACACGACAAACUUUUAGGAGCGGACCCGGACUACUGUCGCAGGAUAUUAGUGAGGGAUGCCAAAGGCACCAUCCGGGAGAUCGUCCUGCCCAAAGGUCUGGACCUGGACCGGCCCAAGCGCACGCGGACCUCCUUCACGGCGGAGCAGCUGUACCGGCUCGAGCUCGAGUUCCAGCGGUGCCAGUACGUCGUCGGCCGCGAGCGCACCGAGCUCGCGCGGCAGCUCAACCUCUCCGAGACACAGGUCAAGGUGUGGUUCCAAAACCGCCGCACCAAACAGAAGAAGGACACCACCAAAGAUUCGGACAAACGCUCUUCCUCCACGUCCGAGUCUUUGGCCACCUGCAACAUCCUGCGCCUUCUGGAGCAGGGCCGCCUCCUUGCGGGCCCCGUCCCGCCUCCCAACGCCCUCUUGGGGCCCCCGCAUCACCCUGCCAACGGCUCCUUGCUGAGCAGCCCCGGCGGAGGCUCCUCCUCCUCUCCUGGAAUCAGCAGCAGCACUCCUCCCAGCUCUCUACCAGGGGGGGCGUUCGGUUUGUCGCUGCCGUCGCUCGGCGGCACCCCGCCUUCACCGCGGCUGGGCGUCCCACCACCACACUCCCUCUGCUUCUCCAUGCCUCUGCUAGGGGGCGCUCACCAUGAACUCACAUCCGCGUACGGCUGCGGGUCCUCGGCGUUUGAGCCGUACAUGCGGCUGGACAGGAAAGAGGCAGAUCAUGGUGGAAAGAAGACGGUUUCUUAAAGCGAAGCGUCCCUGUUUGGGGGACAAUGAGGGUGACGGAGACUCGUCUUUGUGAGCGACGGUUUCUCCUCCCGCUGCCUGGUUGACACACAAGUGGCUGCAAACGGGGGGAAGAAAUCAGCCCAGAUGAGACCAGGUUUCUCUCCCGCGUCACCAUUUUGUGCCGCAGCGCUGACACAAAAUGGUGAAAAGGACUCGAUGUGAAGGAGACUCUCCCCCAUUAAAAAAAACACACAAAAGAAAAAAAGAAACUAGUGAAUUUUUGCAUAAAUGCCGUGUGUGUAUGUUGCGUGAACCCUUACAGACGGACGUUUCUAUCGCCACUGUCUUUGCAGUGGUUUUCGAGUGACUCUUCUUUUUAUUUGUUUGUCCAGUGAGUUUAUGUACGUGUGUGUUUUUUUUCUCUCUCUCUCUACACAGGCCUUCAUUUACUGUUCAGGAAAAAAAGAAAAUACUUGACACGAAUAGUUCAGACUGAAUCGGCAUCUGAAUGAGAAAAGUGGUUUUUACAAAGAGAGCAGUUUGUACACGUUUCUGUUCGAGUGGCCACAUUUGAUUUUAGUUGGUGUGCUAUCACAAAACACAAGAAACGCUGAAAAAAACAAAAACAAGAACAAAAAAAAAAAAAUAAUCGUAGCAUUUUGAUAUCAGUCUGUUUGGUGUCCAGCGGUAGUUUUCGUAAAUUCUUUAUUUGCUUGUGUUUGUUUUUGUGGUAGGAUCUGGACCGACGGUGCAAAUCACAUAUCUAGAUCCGAUAGUUUCAAAAUAAAAGAACAUGGUGAGCAGGAAGAAUAAUGGUAUGAGGACGCUGAUUAGACUCUGCCAAAGCUUUUAUGGAUAAAGCCUCCAAAGGUUCAGUGGAGCCAGUCAAGGUCAGGGUGAGACGAAUGACCUUUGAACGCAGAUCCCUCUUUGGUUCACAGAUAUUUCUCUUUGAAGGAUUUUUUUUUUUUUAAAAGUUCACCCACGGUUCCACAGGAUUGUGGAAAAUAUAAAAAAAGUCACUUCAUAAAUAGACUGGUCGAUCGACGGCAUUCAUUCAGUCAUUUUAACCAUAUUUUAAAGCAAAAACAACCAAUUUUCUCUGGCUCCAUGUUCUCAAAUGUGCCGAAACGCUGUUGUGUCUCUGUCGUAUAUAUUUGACCUGGUUACAACAAUGGAAACAGCUCUAGUUUAAUGUCAGUUUACAUCCACAAUGAGACUGAAUCUCGUGGUCUUUCACACUGGAUAUUGCAGUAAGCUGCAAAAUCAUGCAAAGGGUUUUUGUAAUGGCUUUGUAUUUUUCUUUAAAUUGAUGUCUCGGUGUUUGCUCCAUGUUUCCUGUUUCCCUGUGACUUUUGCCUCGGCCUCCUGUCAGUCAGUCUUUACCUUGGACCAUCUUUAGCAAUGAAAGCACUUUAUGUUUGUAGGUUUUCUGAUACAUCCUCUGGUAUCUCCCCUUUUCCGUGUUUGAACCUCUGAUCCAUGGGAAAAACUGAAAACCCUCACAGUUUAGAAAGUCACCCAUAGUGACUGAGUUGGUUUAUUGAGAAAAGAAAUCUGUGUUUCUCCAGUAAAGUAAAGUUUUUUCAUCAUUAAUUGAUGGAUUUGACCCUAAAUUGACCUCAGGCUCAAUGCAGGGCAGGGUGAAUGAAGCUGUUUUUUUUUCUUCUAUAGGACUCCAUAUGUUCCAAAGGAAAUCCAAACUCACCUCCAAUAACCUUCAGUUGGCCCUUCAGUGUCAGAGGAUCCGUAUCCCGUCAUGCGUUUUGCUGCGCCUCAUUUUCCUAUUUAUGUCCUCAUUUCUCUCGCUUUUUGUCUCAUUGUGAGGUUGAACGCGUUCCCUUUUCCCUUGAUCCCUUUUUCUCGCUGACGGUGACUUGACAUCCGUGAAGAGGAGAGGGGGGAAAAAAAGGAAAGGGGACACUCCCAUGACAUUAUUUGAAAAAAAAACAAAAACGCGGCACUUCCAAGCAAAGGCCAGACCGCAUCUAAAACAGCUGAGCAUGUUUCCAUUUGCAACAACAUUUCCCGUGAAGUGCACAGAAAGGUUCUGACCCUGGCGUCUGUCGCCUCACCGGGGCCUUUUUGCGCCCGUGUAGCGGCGCUGCCUCAUAGAUGGUGAUUUGUUGUUGUUGUUGUUGUUGUGUUCAGAGCUCAGCAGCAGUGCUGCGAAGGAAACCCUGUUAUCUGCUCAUGGCUCUUUGCUGCGGUGCACCGGGGCUGUUGUUGAACACUGUAUUAUUUUCUAUAAGCACCAUCCAUAAUUCACAAGUGGUGAUAUCAAAUAUUGAGCAGAGAGAUGAAGCUGAGAGGUCAGGACGCUUGCUUCUCAUGUACAGCUGAUGUACCCUUUCACAACACCCCCCCCCCCCCCUUUACUCUUCUUUACAACCGGCUUCUUUCACUCCUCCCUGAAUUGCUUUCCUGCUGUGCCCUCAGCAAAAUGAUCUCUUCUCCCGAUUUUUAUAUUUAAUGAAAUAUUUAAAUUGUUUUAGUGUUGAUUUCAAGUUCAUGGAUAUUUUAGCUUUGAAUGAACAAAAAAAAGAAGAAGCAAAUAUCCAGUUUUUGUGGUUCAGUGGUUGCAAAAAAAAACUCCUACUUUUCUUUAUUUCCCUCACGUUUCAGCACUCGCUCCAUAUCCUGUCACUUUAUGGUUUUAAUCUAAUGUACAUCUGUAGUUACUACCUUAAAAGCAGCUGCGGUUCGAUCGGUUCAGCUGGAUGGAAACAGUCACCGAGUGGAACUUUUUAAAGCCUUGCAUCACUUAAACACAAGCCUUCUGUUUGUUUUUUUUUAUUUAUUUUUUUGUUUCCUGCUUUUCUUUCACUUCUUCUUAUUGCGGAGGCUUGGCUUUUUGUUGUCGUGUGCAAUCUGUGACAUCUUGCACUUGUUCAGGUGACUCCACCGUCUCAGAGAUAUCUCGCGACGGCAUCACGAGGGAUGAAGUCCUUUGAGAUUGUGUGAAAUGUUCCUUUUAUUUAAAAAAAAAGAAAGAAGCAAAAACAGAUUCUUCUAGGUUUAUUUUUUUCUCUUAAUGCACAGCCAAGGUCCUUCAUGGGCCAUAACUACUUCUGUUUUUUGUUUUUUUUUCACCAGCUACUACUUACGAUGACCAAGCUCUACUGUAUGUACAUAGAUAUAACUUUAUAUAUAAAUAUAUAUAUAAAUGGGUCUUUGCACAAGUGAUCUCCAUGUCCGCUCCGUGUGAAUUUAACAGGUAAAACAAAAUGCGAAAGACAGUUCAGAAAAAAAAACAACAACUUUAUAUGCUUUACAGUUCUUUGUCUCAUUAACAUUUUGCACUUAUUUAAAGAGGCUUACUUCUGUUUCUGGGCUGACGGAGCUGUUUUCACUCUCGGCCGAGAUACUGUACAAUAUGUAUAUGUAUUUUUAUUCAUAUGCAUAUAAAUAUGUC